AUGGCUGCUCCCCGUUCAACUUCAUUGCGCGCUCUCCGCGUGCUUUCCCGGCAACAUACCACUACACCUUGCUUUCGCCGUAGCUUGCAUAUCACUGGCGCAAACUCCGCUCAACCGGUUAAUGUAACCGACAAGGCUUCGUUUUAUGCCACUCGUACUCUGGCUGAUCUAACGCUCGAAUGCAAAAAGAGAUCGAUAGCAAGCAAUGGUACUCAGGCCGAGCUUGUGGAACGGCUUUCCAACCAUGAUUUCCUACAAUCCCGUGCCUUUAGCAUUGCCAUGAAAAGGAUCAACGCUUCUACAGAGUAUGCUCGCCCGCACUUAGGUUACUCAUCGAAACUCUCAGCACUGACAUCAUUUGUUACCAUAUCCAGUCCCUCCGUUCGUCAUUUCAACACUUCUCGUGCCGCAAAGGCCGUUGGAGAUUCAUCCACUGUCGAUUUUGCAUACUUCCCUUCUAUGGAGGAGAUCGAUGCUCCCUCCUCUCGUCCGGACCCACGCUUUCCGAUCCUCUCCGAUAUCUACAAGCACUAUGAUCCCGCAAAGCAGUCGAUCACGUCCGACCCACCGAUGAAGCCGCAGGUCUACACUGUGUCCGGAGAAGAUGUGGCUGCGAGCCCCUUGAGUGAGGUUGUUGAUAAUCACUCAAUAGACAUUGAUCCCUUCUCCUUGACCGAGACUGUUGGCAGAUCCCGUUUCGGGGAAGAGCUGCAAAGACAGCAGAACGGAUCACAAGCCAAAGAGCCCGGUAUUGUCAGGGAACUUUGGUCCGGAUUCCUGGAAGACCUCUUAGGUCCCAAACAGCAGACCCAGAGAAAGUAA